ACCAAAACAUUGACGACAUACAGAUCAAAAUAGGCCAACGCAUUUUGGGUCAUCUUUGAGGCUAUGGUGGAGUAAGUUCGAAAUGCUCGGGGAAAGGAUUUGAAGGGUUGGAUAGGAUAUUUUUCAUGGAGGUGUCGGGGUGAUUAGUUUACGACGGGGUUUAGGAUUGUUUCCCGGAGUGUUUGACGCGACCUAUCUUGGUCAAAGUUGUAGCCAAUUCGAUGUCAUACCGGUUACGAUCUCGACGAAACCAUGCCGACGAUGGCAGCGAUUAACGAAACCGGCGACUGGGACAAGCACCCCAAGGGAGCCUCACGAGGCAUGAAGAUCCCGAACCCAGACGGCGUUGCCCUUAAACGGGCCUCCCGGCGCCCGACCCUCUUCGGCGAAGGGUCAAUCUACGCAGGCGCCGACCCACAAGGCGACUUGGUCUCCCAAGCCGACCGCAGCGACACCUUCUUACAAACCGGCAAACGAAACGCCAACUAUGAAAACACUUUCAAAAUGGAGCCGGAUACGACCUUUAAGGUCAAGGCCAUCGAGAGUCUGGUGAAUAAUAUUUUAGCUGAACGCUUAAAGGAUGUCCCGUACGAUCCGUUGAACUGUAAGAACUUGAGUCAAGAGCUAGCAGCUGUUAUCAUGGAUAAGAUCAAAGCGCUUGCGAUAAAGCGCUACAAACUGGUCGCAGUGGUAUCAUUAGGUUCUUUGAAGGAACAACCGGGAAUGCAGUUCGGUUCGCGGUGUCUUUGGAAUAAACAAACGGAUAGCUUCGUCAGUAUAAAGUACUCGAACGCGUCACUCUUUGCAAUCGCGAUGGUGUAUGGCUUAUAUUACGAAUGAACUGGAAAACACAUUCCGCUCAUUUUCCGCAUAUUUCUUUAGCGAGUUUGAAAAUCAAAAUUUACUGGAGGUUUGUCAAUGUAAACUGUACGAUACGUCAACAUUUGCGAUUGCCAGCCUCGCGUCAAGUCAGUGCGCCUCCACCAACUCCUGACGCGAGGUUGGAAUAUGACAACGCGAGUUUUUACCAGGCUGCGCGAUUGCAUCCGCGCCGGUGUUUUUUGUGCAGGAAAGAAGAAAGGUAUAUCUCGAGUGAUAGAAAUGUAAAAGCAGGCCAGCGCUGAAACGCUGGUCGUACAAUAUUCACUUUAAGCGGGACUAUAUGAUUUGAGAUUUCAUGACUCGAUUGGAUCGUUGGCAAGGGAUUUUUGCGGAUUAUCACCAAGGAUUACUCUUAUUCUGGAUAAAUACGGAUUUAAGCGACGGGCCUUCUCACCAGUGCGGCGUCGCAUUGAUCCGCCAUUCCAGUUGGAUUCCUGGCUGUGCAGGGCUUAAAUCAAAAUAUAUCAAAUCUAAUAAUGUAUACGCUUUAAUGAUGUCAAACUCGUCCCUUGGUCUCGACAGAUACUUGUUUCCUAUUCGGGUAUGUACUGU